GACCCUCACACAGUUGCCAUGGAUCUGCAUAAGCAAUGGGAGAAUACAGAGACCACCUGGCAUAAGGAGAAGAUGGAACUACUGGACCAGUUUGAUAAUGAAAGAAAAGAAUGGGAAAGUCAGUGGAAGGUCAUGCAGAAGAAGAUCGAAGAGCUUUGCCAAGAAGUAAAGCUGAGGAGAAAAAUGAACAUGAAUGAACAUUCUAAGGUCAUUGAUCUUGACCAUGAUCAAGAUAAAAUGAAAUUUCCUCCAAAUCACCCCCAUUCAGGACAAUGUGAAUUCAGAGUAACGAAUCACCGAGAUGAUCUGGAAAAGGAAAGCAAAGAAGAAAGGGACUUGCUUGGGGAAGGAAAUCAAGUGUAUAAAAAACAAAAUAGACCCACCAAAAGCAAAGGCAGGCUUCUGAAUCCUAUGGCCACAGAAGAGAAGGCAUGUGAGAAAUGGGCUGGCACGAAGUCUUCUAAGGAGGAGAGUAAAGAUUGUUCUGUCGCCCUUAACACAGCUCUUGAAGAACUUGCAAAAGUUAGUGAAGAAUUAUGCACCUUUCAAGAGGAAAUCCGAAAACGCUCUAACCACAGAAGGAUGAAGUCAGAUUCUGUUCUCCAGGAAACGCCAAAUGCAAUCAGUGUACCUCAGGGGAAGCACUUGAUCUGUAAUGGACAGGGCGUUCUUCCAACCAAUGUGGAGAAAGAAAAACAGAAAAAGAGUCCGAGCUGUGCCAAUGGACUCCAAAAAAAUUCUAUGAAAAAUGCUGGAAUUGGUAAAACUGAUUCACAAAGAAGCAAAACUCCACCAAUUCCUCCUCCAAGAAGUACCUCUCGAAAUCUCCCCAGCUCAUAUUCUGAACAAGCCCAAGAAAGACUGAAGGAAACUUUAUACCACAGGUGGGUGGUCCAUGAGAGUCAAGACAAAAGGAAUAGCAAUCUUCACUUCCCUUUGAGGCAGUCUCCAUUGUUUCCACAAGACAGAAGUUUGAAAGAUAGUACCAUGCUUUCCUCUUUGACACCAGAAAUCAAAAUAGAUAGCAAGCCUCCAGGUAAUGAAGACAUUGGACUUAAUAUGUGGUCAUGUGAUGCUGUGAUAGAUACAAUGGAGCACCCUUCUGUGCAGUCUCAAAAAACUGGUUUUACCCCUAAUCAUGCAAAAUUUGAAACGGUGAUUCCAGAUAACCCUACUCAAUCUCAUCUUGAUCUUCAUGUGAAAAAUGACUUUCUUUCCUCAGUGACACAGAGAGACCCACUUAGAAGUUACAACAGCAAUUUUGAACAGACUCCAAGGAAUGAAAAGCUGGCAGCAAAGAUUGAUGAAUUUAACAGAACUGUGUUUAGAACAGACAGAAAUCGUCAAGCAAUAGAGCAAGGUCAAAGCUACUCAAAAUCACCUGAUAAUCUCAAUCUCUGUGAUAUUUCUACUGCUCACAGCGGUGACAUGUCACAAAGUGGUAGUGGGACUAGUGGCUUAAAAGCCAGUGACCACAUGUCUGUCCCCAUGGAAAAUGUGUUCAGUAGUUCUACAAAAGUCUCUACCACAGGCAUGGUCAAACGAAUGCAGGCAUUUGUGAGUCCCAGCAGCUAUCAGCUCAUGUUCCAUGAGCAUGAUUGGAGACCAAGCAAUUUUUCUAGUCGGCCAAGGUCAGCCGAUCCUAGAUCAAAUUACGGUGUUGUGGAAAAGCUGCUGAAAACAUAUGAGACAGAGACGGGGUCUGCACAGCAAAAUUCAAAAUGCUUCAGGGAUAACUGGACCAAAUGUGGUUCUGAUGAAUCCAUAGCAGUGAAAGCCUCGAAUGGAAAAGGAUUUUCCCGACCUGCUAGACCAGCCAAUCGCCGGCUCCCAUCCAGAUGGGCAUCCAGAUCACCAUCCGCACCCCCAGCCUUACGGAGGACUGCCCACAGCUAUAAAGCCUCUCUGCAAACUGAAGCCCAGAUGGUCUAGAUCUCUAGCCUGGCUUGCUGGAUGACAAAAGUUCUCAUCCCUUUGCCAAACAGAAUAUUCAGAAUGUUUACAAACAAUCCUGUUCUCUUCUGCAUCUUUCAAGAUCACUGGGACAAACAAUCUAAGCCCUAACUUUCCAUCAGUCUUCAGUGUUUUUAAUCUAUGGGAUAAUUAUCUCCUCGUACUUUAAUUUCUUAGAUUAGAUUUUUUUUUAUUUCCAUUCUCAUUGACUUUCCAAAAUGAUUUAAGUUGACACAAUGUACAAUAAUUGUAUAUUCUGACUUUCUUGCAAAUGCAGAAAACAAGGUUAUGUGCAUGGUCAUGUGUUUGUAGGUGCAUGUAUUGUCAUAGGAAUGUAUUUAGGUAAACAAAAUUAUGUGCUAGUGUUGACUUUAAAUUAUAACAUGUAGACCUAUAUAUUCUUUGUGUUUAUUUUAAAGUUUUGAAAAUAUACAAGCCUAUUUAUAUUUUGCAUACCUUUUAAGGGGUAUCUACCUAAGGCAUUUAUGUUCAUAUAUUAUUUAACCACUUCCUUGGCCACCAACUACAAUGAAAAGUAAGAUUUAUACACAGACCAAACAUUAGUGGUUUUCCAGAAAUCAAUCUUAAGUAUCAUUUUAACCCAUAUGAAGAUAACUGAUACUAUUGAUUUCUUGUUUUAAUAAAAGCAUCACAGGUUUAACGGAUCAGUCUUCUAAAGCAAGCAUAAGAUGCUCGUUCUUGCUUUUAUAUAUCAUCUGGUAGUCUCACGUGGCUUUAACUGCAUACUUGAUUCUCAGAGCCAAUAUCAUAAGACUGCCUUAAUAAUGACAGGACAAAGUAAUGAAUUUAUUUUGUUGAUCUUAGUAGCAAACAUUCCUUAAGUGAGAUACAAAAAGGAAUUAAAUUGUGCUGAAUUUUACUUUUGGUUAAAAUUGUGGUAAGUUCUUAGUUUAGCUGCUUUAUCUGGAGUUCUGUCUCUGUAGAGGUAAGUCACUUGUUUUGAUUUUUCCUUUUUCUAAUUGUUUCCCAAAAAUUAGUAGAUAAAAGAUGAAUUCACUUUUUUUUAUAAAGAGGAUGAUCAGGAACAAUAUUUCAUUGACAGCUAAAUUAUACUGUAUUUCUUAAACUUAAACUUAAAAGGCCUUAAACUAAAUUUGGGCAUUGACAGUCACAUAAGAAACCAUGAUAUAUAUCUUGGCGACAAUUUGCUCACACCAGAUUCAUGAAAUCUAUACUAAUAAGCAGCAUUGAAAAGUAGGAAAGUUGAGAUCCUUAGACUGCUACAUGGAUGAUCUUAAAAACAACUUUGCUAUACAUUUUUGCCAUUUAAAAACAAUUUUGUUAUAUGGUUAGUUAAAUAUUAAUUCUCCUUCACCCAAAAAGAAAUUCUCAUGCCAAACAAAUUCUGUGGGUUUUCUCCUUAUGAUACUCUAGCCACUAAGGGGAAUCCACCUUAUUAUACCAUUCCCUGAAGUAAAGUAAAUAAUUUGUAAAUCACAGAUUGCCUUAAAAGGCUUGAAGACUGUAGCAUGGUAAUGGCUAGAUUCGUGGUUUACAGUAAGAGGACUUCCAGGGCUUAAGUGGAAUUAAGUGUCUAGAAUGUGAGUUUGGCACACAUAGUGAAGGUUAUAGGUCUACUCUCUCAUUCUUGCUCCCUUCAGAGACUUUUCCUACCACAGGAGAGUAGCUGAGAUGCCAGGUGUUAAUUGCGUUUUACUUUUCCCCUAGAGGAGAGAAAACACAGGAAAAGUGGUUCCUUGGGGCAGGAAUUCAUGAACUAAAAAUAUUGCUGUGGUCAGGUCCGCUCCUCUGCACCUCUGUAUCCCAGGAAGUCUGGGGGUUACCUGUAGCCCCUGUCUUCAUGUUCAAACCAGAAUGUUGAGAUCUCCUUUGAAAAUGGGAAGUCCUGAUCUCAUCCCCAAAACAAUAAAGGAAGAUUUCCAGUGGUGGGGCCUGGGAUUCUUAGAGUCUGUAAUAAAACAAAGCAAUGGAAUAUAUUUGAUGGCCAGGCUGAUUUGGAAACAGGGGUACUGUCUAGAACCUGAGUACGUUUGAACUUUGGAUAGUGUCUUUCAUCACUUAGUACUUUUCUUUGUUAUCAACAAACAGAAUAUUACAUUGCCAGGCUUCAUAAGUUUAAGCAGCCUUUUCUAUUAUCAUUUGGAUAAACCAAUGGGACCAUUUUACUACCUUAUAUUAACUUGAAUCAUAGAAUAUUAGAGGUGAAAAAAAUAGCAUUUAGUCCAACUCCUUCAUUAGAAAGCUGAAGAAACUAAAACAAAUUGACUAGUCUAUGUUCUCUUUUAAAGCAAUUUAUAACUUUUAUGGAAAAACUUACCAGAUAAAUGGAAAUUAUAAUUGAAAAAGAUUUUUGAAUUAUUGUGAUUUAUAACUGGUACUUUUCUAGUCUAAGUAGGCAUUUUCUUCCCUAAAGCAUAACCUUUCAUUAUGCCAUCAUCUUAGGUUUAAGGACAUUUAACCAUUUACAGGAAUAUUUCAUUAGAAAUAUCUAUUUAGAGAUGUUUUUCCCUAGUAGCUUUUGAAAAAAAAAAAAGUCUUUUUUUCACAAGGGAUUAUUGAAAUUUCUAGCUGAUCUAGCAGAGUACUUGAGUCUCUCUCUCUCUCUCUCUCUCUCUCUCUCUCUCUCUCUUUCUGUGUGUGUGUGUGUGUGUGUUUGCACUUUUCAUGUACAUUUUCAAUAUUGCCUUAUAUCCCCAAACCAAAUAUUAAAAGAUAAGUGAUAAUUUGUAUUAUUCAGCACUUCAGACAUGACCCAUAGCUUUCAUGUGUACUUCUAGGAAAAUGAAGACAAUAUUUCAUUUUGCUAACAUUUCCCCAAGGUAUGAUUUACUUCUACACAAAUGAUUUAACUAGGCACCACAAAGUCCCAAAAAACAAAAUAUCCAAACAUCUGGUCCCAUAAAGAGUAUUAAGUUCCCUAAAAACAUCUUUAAACUUAUUUUAGAUACAUUUUCUGAUAAAAAAUAUUAUUUGAUAUGGAAAUCUUCAGCCAUUGGAAGCUAUUAAAUAAAAUAAGUUUGGAAACAC